GUCGUACGCGCGCGGAGAGAGGAUUAGCGAGAGAGCGUGGGUGGAGCAUGGCAAUGGGAGCAACGGUGGACUUGUUAGCGCGAAUACAUCGUCAGGAAUAAAGCGUGUCGCAUGUAUAUACGUCUAAAUAUAAAGUCGGUGGAGCCGGUGGAGAAGAGACGCGAGUGCCACGGAUCCCUGGCGAAAGAGCGGUGUAACCACCUAGUCAAAACACGCCUGUUGUGUCGCUCGGAGAACUCGCGAGGCGACGUCGCAGCAGCGACUGCAGCUGUAGUUGCAGUCCGCUGGAGCUGAGUCCGAUUCCAGACCGCCCUCUUCUCCGUCUUCUUCGCGAAUACGUCGUUCGAGUUCCUCUCGUCGAUUAUGUUACAGUUUCGUGUCGUUUAGUGGGUGCGUCGAUGUCUAGUGAAAUCGAGACCACCGUGCGAGAUUGAUAGUGGAAGCGGAAGAGAAAUUGUGAAAACGGUGAAUUUAUUAAAAAAAAGAAAAAUAAGAAACUUCGAAUUUUGAAUGCUAAUACGUCGAUGGCAUUCGCUCCUUCUCGCUUUACAUCUCAAUCGUUCGUCUACGUCUUACGCGAACGCGUUUAUAUUUACAUUCAAUGACACGCGUCUAGUACCCCGGUGAUUACCAAAAUACGUAUCUCGAAGAUGUCGUGGACGGUAGUAGAUAUUCGCGAGAGUCGCGAUACCACCGAACAGUGGUUAAAAUUCGGUCGCAGUCGCGUGUCGCCGGGAUUACGCGAUUGGAAAAGUUGAAAACGAAAGGUUAUUGGAAGUUUCGAAGCGGGAGCGUGUCGCGUCAGAGAAAUAUAAUUAGCCGUGGUUUCGAGACGCGACUGGAAAGCAGGCUGUCCAUUUUACGACGACCUUGGCUAUGAGGAAUCGUAAAAACCGACGUGGAACGCGCCAUGCUCUCUGUAUCGCGCUAUUUUCGGGCGGAUAGCGAGCCACUCGCGCGUAAGUGGCGGGCGAGAUCGAACGGGGACGCGAUACUCAGAUAUUUUACGACCGAGUCCAUCCAUUCACGUGGAAGUUCGUUUCGCCAACUUCGUUGCAGAGCGUCCAUCCGUACUGGCGUUAAUUAAUUUAUCGUUCGAAAGGGAAUCGAGUCAACGGGGAAGACGCUUUCGAGCGAUUGGCGUCGUCCGUUUACCAGAAGCAUAGGCCCCGAACGAAUCUUCGCUCGAGCGUGUUAACGGCAAUUAUCGUUCCUUCCCGGUAAUCAGAAGGGUGGCGAAACAAAAAUCGGCUGACGUGGACCGACGAAGCUGCAUCGAGAUUCCUCGAGUCGUAACGGUGUUGUGCGUAAACAGGUAGCUCUUCUGGCCUCGUCUACUGGUUCUAGAUUCACAGGAAACGCCUUAGAACUGUUAUAUGUUACAUUCUAUUGCGGAAUACUCGUCGUGAUCAUCUCUGCGCGUCCUAUAUCCGUUCUUUCGUUUCUUCUUCGACAGACUAGAUUUCCUGGGGUUCUUGCAUAUAAAAUUUAUACCGUUCGUUAACAUAGGAAGGAAGGAUUUUACGAUCGUAGAUAGUUUCGCCCGCUUUACGAGGAAACAGGGAUCGCCUGUCUCAGUUGGUCUCAGUCUACAGGUUGGAGAAAUCCCGUAAAUACCGAGGGUCCGGUAUCGUCACCAUCUACGAUCCUCCCGUAAUUAAUUAUUCUCGUCGAGUCGCGGGGCAUUUAAACGAACGAGGCCGGAGGCCCGUGAGAGGAAAGCGUAAUCGGUUAAAAAUUGUGCCGUCCCAGAAACCGAGGGCCAACAAUCUGGACGAGUCGGCUCGCAAGAGAGAGAGAGAGAGAGAGAGAGAAAGAGAGAGAGAGAGAGAGAAAGAGAGAGAGAGACAGAACAAUAGCUCGGUUGAUGACGAUCAAACGUUCUCGUUGUUCCGCGUUUGUUAAAAGAGAGAACCGGCCUUCUCUUUCCGGGAUCGACGCGACGUAUCACGCUUAUUACGAAUUAAACGAAAAAGAGGUUAAUUCCGUGGCGGCUAAAACGGUCGAUUCGAGCGGCUAUUUUCAGCUGGAAACGUGACACUUCAUUCAUAAUCCUCGACCGUGUAAGCUCGCCAGCCGACACCUAAUUAAAUCUGAAUUUCCUCUUGCACUUGUUCGAGCGAACAACUUCCUCGUUGCUACUCGAGAACAAGACGCGACGCCGACCCCCUUUCCACUCCGAUGCAAAUUUUAUUUACCUAGUAAAACUUGUUAUUCUGCAUUUGCAUCGUGCCAUUGAACUAUACCGUGUACAUAGAGAAGCGUAUUUGCUACUGUACAUCGGCAAAAUGACACUGGAUGGAUACUUCAUCGACGCGUGAUCGAUGAUAGUCAUCGUGGCACAUCGUAGCAACGAAAGGAUUUCGCAAGCGAGUGUCAAGGGAACGAAGGACUAAGUGGAAACGCGUGUUUCCGUCCCCGUUCGGUUGCCCUUUCGCCCUUAAUCCCGCCAGCCCGUUUCCACGACAGCACGGAACUGAGUCGGUAAAUCAACCGGGUAUUCCUUUCUUGGUCCUUCAUAUACCGAGUGCAGGCUGGUUCGCGAUUGCGGCAUUAAGUUUAACGCACCCGGAUUAAAACCUUUACCGUAUGUCGCGAGGAUUAAAGUUUCCCCUUUAUGCGGCGUCGCGAACGGGGAACGUUGUUUAAUGUUACUAACCGCUCGUUGACCGAACGUUGUUCGAUCUUCAUCUGUCGAUGAUAUUCUCUCUACCGAUUCUGUUCCUGCGAAACAAUUUCAAGGUGGACUUGUUCAGGUUUUUGACGAAUCGUUCGCUUGUCGUUUGCCUAAUCAGUAGUGGGCGUUACAGAUAGUUCCGCGUUUAAACAUAUACUUUCGCUGUGACCUCGUAUUUCAAUUCUUUUCUAGCAAAAGCUUUUAAAUCUUGUUCGUGGAACGAACGAUCCUAACGAUUCGCGCGCGUAGGACUCGGGUCGAAAAUAUUUAACCGACCGUGUCGAAUGUUGACCCUAAUCGCGACCGAACCAGAUCGGACCCGGCAAUUUGUGGCCUGUGCUCGGUUAGCCAUGCGAAGAUUGUGACUGUGCGCGAGCACUUCGUGGUACGAUUCUACUUACCGAAGAACGAGCUGAAGAUGGAGCGUGCCAUUUCGACGGACAACAGUUGCGCGAAGAGGCUGUCGACGAUCACGGAAUACUCGGAGGCCGGGAUCGACAGCGACGAUAACGAUCGCGAGGAACGCCGCGAGGAGGAGUCAGCGAUUCCCAGAGGCGAUCCCGAGCAAAGGCUCGAGGAGCAGGCGACAGCCGUCAAGUACUUCCUCGUGGACGACUCGCCGAUGGCGAAGUUCAGUCGGAGCAUCAAGUGGAUCUACAAGAAAUUACCAGUGGGCGGGGGUGGUGCUGUGCUGGUGCUCAGCGAGCUUGAAAGCAUGGCAGCCAGGCAACAGCGGGAAAUUGCCCAGCAAAGGCGCCUCCUGGAGCAGAGAGAGGCCCGUCUAGCCGUGCUUCGAGGCGCACAGGAGCCAGCACAGCAGGACAAACUCGCCAGAUUGAGGCACAGGCUGGACCAACAACAAAGCAAGCUGAAUCGGCUGCGAUUGCUCAGAUCGCAGACCGACCAGUCACGUGCCAACAACGCCACUUUGACCUCGGACCUGGACUGCAUAAGGGCGCUGUUUAACGAGAAGGAGAAAGAGCUCUCUCUGGCGGUGGCGAAAGUCGAGGAGUUGACGCGACAGCUGGAGGAGCUGCGGGGUCGACAGAACGCAGCCGGGACCGGAAACGGAGGUGGAGGUGCCGGAGGCGUCGGUGGCGGAGGCGUUGGCGGCGGCGGUGGUGGACACUUGUCGACGCCGGCCAGCGCCGAGCUGGAAAAACUUAGGAGGGAGCUUAUGUAUCGUAAUAAGAUGAACGAGCAGCAAAAUCAGAUGGUGUCCCAACAACGGUUAGCCCUGGCACAACGACAAGCGGAAAUGGCGUCGAUAGACGCGAGGAUAGCCCAGCUUCAGGGUCGUCUUCAGCGUAAAAGAGCCUUGAAUCAACGACUAAGCCAGCAACUAGGCUCUGGAAACCGCACGAACGCGAACACGGGGUUCACGGAGUCGAAGCUGGACUUCAACGCCGGAGGAAAGUCCAGACCCGCUGGAAACAUAGCCGCCAUCGAACCAUACUCCCAUAUACCGAAUGACAACGAUUUUAAUCUGAACAAGAACGACCCCAAGUACCAGACACUGCCUUACAACACCAAGUUCACGGUGAACUUCAAGGCGGCCGAGGACGACGUUAACAAGAACAAGAUUCAGCACUCGGCCAGCGCGUCCCAGCUGGGUCAGAGAGCGGCGUUUCAACAGUUUGGUCAUCAAAUCGCUCACAGCCAGUCGCAGUCGCAUAUUCAAGGUCAAUCGCAACUGCUAGGCACGAAUCAACAACAGCAUAACCAGAACCUGGCCAACCAGCCCGUGAACAUGCAACAGACCUGCAACAACAAUAACAAUAAUAACAACAAUACCAACAGCACGAACAACAAUUUGAUCAGUUCAUCCCACAACUUCAGUCCGGAGAGUCUGUCGCAGAAUCUUCGGAUCCAUCAGCAACAACAACAGUCGCAAACGCAACAGCAACAGCAUGGAAACGUGCAACAGAAGCAACACAACGUUGGUUCGUCGGCGUCGAACAUUGGCACCACGGUGUCCCUUACCCAAACUCAGAACCAUAGAAACCUUCAAACGCAUCAGAAACCGGUAUCCAGCGUGGCGCCGAGUUUCUCCGUCAAAUCUCAGAUCUAUCAGACUUCCUCCACGAAAAUUCAUCCUGUAAUGCCUCAAACGCUGAGUCUGAUAGGCCGUGGACAUAAUAACGCGCAAAAUUUUGUCGGCUUGAACGCUCAAAAUUCCAAUCAACAGCAAUCAAAUCAAUCUAUCCCUAGCAAUCAAACGCCCAAUCAGGAUCAGACUUACUCAUCGAGGCAUAAUUAUCCUGUGAUUCAGCAUCCAACUCAAGCAAACACUCACGUGUCUUCGUCCUCGGUCUAUCAGACUCAGAACUCUCCUAACCCUCCGUCGACCAUUCACUCGUCAUCCAGCGGGACCAGCUUCGGGAAUUCGGUUCAAAGGUACAAUCAAACUCAACCGAUGACCAGUCCUACAUCCAGCAACGAACUAUCCGAUAAGAUGAAGUUCGAGCAAGGAAAAGGCCAAGAAAAGUUCGAACAUGUUCUUCCAGCUAAGCACGAACAGCAAAGGUACGAGCCCAAUCAGGUGUUUAAGUACGAUUCUCAUCAGAUAAAGUACGAGCAACAUUCUAAGUACGAUCAGCAUGGAAAAUACGACCAGACCAAUCAACCAACGAAAUUAUACGAACAAUCAAACAAGCACGAACAAACUACCAAUCAGACGAAUAAGUACGAUAACGUAUCGAAGAUCGAGCAAGGGAAAUACGAAUCUGCGCAGAACAAGCACGAACAAAUACAUGGAACAAAGUACGAUCCUAAUCAGAAUACUCAGCAGUACGGCAAGCACGAUCAGCACGAGGUUAGACCGUCGGUGGUGAAGUACGAACACAAUGCAGGAUUCAAGCACGAACCCUCGAACAAAUACGAAGUCGGUGGACAACAGUUCAAACAGGACCCGGUCAAAUUCGAAAACAAUCAGAAUAAAUUCGAGCAGGGUUCCAUGACGAAGCACGAGCACAACGGGAAAUUUGACAUCCCCGCGAAGACCGCGGAGAAAACGUUCGAAUUCGACAGGUUGAAGAACGAGAACGAGAGGAAGAAUAUGGGAGAGGACAAGACGAAACCAGCACUACCUCCUAAACCGAGCAAACCAAAUCCUCCGCCACGGCUGACUCAUCAUGAAAAGGUGGAUAACUCGACCGACGGUAUUAGCGAGUGCAAGAACAAUUUGGGAAUCAAUGCAAGAACGGAGAAAGAAGAAGACGUACCGCCGAUUCCUACGUCCGAACCGCCGGAAUCUCCAACGGAAACCCAAUUCGGCAACCAUCAGAUCAUCAAAGCGAGGCCUCUGACCCUGAAGAAGGCGCCGAUCUCCGAACAGCCGAAACUCCGUUACGCCAAAUCGAAUGUUCACGUGUCGAUAAAUCGACGGAUUGAGAUGCCACCGGCGUUUCUAUUCCCGGAAACCGAGAUUCCAGCGGACCUAAUGCAAACGGAACAGCAGCAACAACAGCAGCAACAGCAACAGCAACAACAACAACAACAACAAUCUCAGCAACAGUCACAAAUCAUCGACACGACGGACAAUUGCAAGAAGAGCGGUAUCAACGAAGAUGUAAUUAGCAACGAGAAAUUGGAGGAAGCGGACAUCAUUGACGCGUUGAACGUCAUUAACAUCGAGGACAAGGCAAAGGCGAAAGAAUCCGAAAGAAGAACCGAGCUGGAAGUCGAUGGGAAGAGCAACGAGGUGAUGAGGAGGAAAAAAGGGAAUCUCAAGUCUAGCACAGGGAAGGUGAAUCUUUCGAGGAGGGUUUCCUUUGAUCCUCUGGCGCUUCUGUUGGACGCCAGCCUCGAAGGUGAAUUGGAAUUGGUGAAGAAGACUGCUAAAGAAGUGGCGAAUCCUAGUUCGGCUAACGACGAAGGGAUUACCGCGCUUCAUAACGCCAUUUGCGCCGGUCAUCUGGAGAUCGUUAAGUUUCUGGUGGAGUUUGGCUGCGACGUAAACGCUCAGGACAGCGACGGAUGGACUCCUUUGCACUGUGCCGCGAGUUGCAAUAAUUUAUCUAUGGUGAGAUUCCUGGUGGAACACGGAGCUUGUAUAUUUGCCACUACCCUCUCCGAUCAUGAAACAGCAGCGGAAAAAUGCGAAGAGGACGAGGAGGGCUUCGACGGCUGCUCGGAAUACUUAUACAGUGUCCAAGAGAAGCUCGGAAUAAUGAACAACGGGCAAGUGUACGCAGUGUUCGAUUACGAGGCACAACACAGCGACGAGCUUACACUGAAGAACGGCGAUUCCCUAGUUGUACUCCGAAAGGGCGACGACAACGAGAGGGAAUGGUGGUGGAGCAAACUGGGACACAAGGAAGGCUACGUACCUCGGAAUUUACUUGGCCUGUAUCCAAGAGUGCAACCGGCAAAGGUGGACUGAAGCGCGUCUCAGCCGGCGAACUCGUAAUAUCCGAUGAUUCAUUACCACAGUAUUCGAUUCGCAGCUUUAUCUCGUUAAGUAUCAUAGUUGCAUCGUCGCAUUACGGAUCGUUAUCUUAAUUUAAUCGCGUCCCAUUGUCAUCUGAACAAAGCGAGCAGCAAAACGUUCUAUAUAGUUUUUUUUAUGUUUCUUUUUCUCUUUUGUAAAACGAAGUGAAGAACAUUGCUAACAAGCUCGGAUCAUAGGUGAAUCGCGUAACAUUAACGAACAGUUAGGAUGUAAUUAAGAAAAUCGGAAAAACGAUGAACUGGAUCUUGUAUACACGCAAAGUUUAAUUGCACUUACUUUUUACACUCUUGUUUACUUCCUUUUUGUAAAGGAAAAGAUAUCCACAAGGUCAAUUUAAUUUUGAUUAUUAUAACUGUUAGUCAGUUCCUUCAGCGAAAAAGUACAAAAGAAAAUUUCAAUCUCACCCGUGAUUCCGCUUUUAGCCUGUCAACCGCAUAGUUCAGAGAUGGAACGUUUUCGUUUUAAUAUCCAUCAGUUAAGAUCACUCAGAAAGUUUCAGAAAGUUUUAAAAAUGUCAAAUUAGAAAUUAAUGCAACUUCAUUUAUCUCUGACACAAGAUAAACGCAAAACUUCUUCCUAUUACUUAAAAAACAAUUUUAAUUAACUUGAUGUAACAACAGACGAUAAUAAUUUGCUUUUUAAGCUUGAUCGUUUCUAUUUUCUAUGCUUUCCGAAACUGGUCGAAGCAGAGUCACGAAACUUUUUGAAUGAUCUUUCAACCUUAUCAGAGAGGCAACUUUUAUUUUACCCAUAUUAUGCGAAACGUUCUACGUGAACAGCGUAGACAAAUCUAAAACGCGUUUGAUUUGUUUCAACUAAAUGUUUUUAUUUAGAUGAAGUCAAAUUAUAUUGUUGCGCUCAUUGUUACGUUUUUAUUCGUCUGGUGAAAUUUUCCAAAUCCGAUCGAGGCAAAUUCGGAUUUCGAAAAUGUUCCUAAGAGUGGUGUAUAAUGUAAUCUUGCCAAUACGCACUUCUAAAUGAUCCGUUGUAAGAAAGAAAAUUUGCGCUUAUGAGCACGAAGGAGAUCAAAAGGAUCUCGAUAAUGGUACACGACCUUUUUGUCGUUUUGAGUUGUAUUCAUCAGUGCGAAUUUCUAAGUAAUCGACUUAACACUUGACUAGACACAUGUAUAAUUGAUUAUCGUCUAGGAAAAAUUCAAACGGCUCGAUCAGAAAGAUUCUGAGCAUCGUUAUACUGUCUAAAAGAGUGUACAGGUAUGUGAAAAGAAAUUUUACACGCUUCUUAGAAUGUUUCUGAUAUUUACACACACACACAAACGCGCGCGCGCGCGCGCGCGUACACACACUACGCCACAUCAUACACCCGUAAAUGAAGUAUGUGCCUUUCAGAAGUAAUAAUGGAUAUAUUAUGUAAGAAUGCAUGAUAUAUUAUGACGAAUAAAUUGUUUUUAAUAAAAA